CUAAUUAAUUUGAUUGUAAACUCACCUCUGUGGCUUUGUCUCAUUAUGUAUACAAUACUGUACUGUACAGUAAUAAUUUAAUAUUUUUAUUCUUGGUUGUAUUGUACUGUAUUCUAUAGUUGUCAUACCAAAUCAAAGUUGAUUGAUUCAUUAUUGUACUUAAAAAUUACCAAGAUUAUACAACAUUAUAGAGAACAUUAUAUAUAAAGUAACUUAUAAAUACACUUGCACAGUAGAGUACUACUGUACUGUAAUAGAGAAAAAUAAUGGAGUUUCCAGGCUUAGGCAAAAACUGUGGAGAGACAUCAUGCCAGCAACUAGAUUUUCUUCCAAUUAAGUGUCACUUUUGUAACAACAGUUUCUGUAAGGAUCAUUUCUUGCCUGAACACCAUCAAUGUACUGGGGAUUACAACAAAAUCAAGCAACAGGUGUCAGAGGAUGUUAACUACAGGUACCCUUGCAGUCAUCCAGGUUGUAAUAAUGGCGAACUAGCACCAGUGAUUUGUACCGGCUGUUCCAAUAACUUUUGCCUCACCCACAGACAUCAGGUUGAUCAUGUAUGUCCAGCUUACAAGCCUCCAGAAAAUGCGAUGGCUGAAGCAGCUGUUAAAAUUCAGCAAAUUACCGACCGUCUAGACGCAACACCUGCUAAGAAAGGACAAGGCAGAAAGUCUGACAAGCUGUCAGCUAAGGUGCAGUUGAUGAAGUUGAAGCAGAAGUCAUCUGGGGAUGAGAGCUUGCCACGGGAGGAGAGGCUUUAUCUUAUGGUUCUCUUCCCAAUGGAGUGUAAAACUGUGGCACAACCACUAUUUUUUUCUCAUCAGUGGACAGUUGGGAGAGCGAUUGAUGCUGCUGCUACCAUUGCAAAGAUCACAAACCGUAACAAUAUUUUGGGUGCAGACAAACUGAUGUUCUUUCAUGCAAGUGAUGGAAAUCGUCUUGGCUCCAUGGACCAAACACUGAAAUCACUCCUUGAGAAGCAGCAUCUCUAUAAUGGACAGACUGUUAUAUUGGAGUACACACCACAAGACAAAGAUUAUUUACCAACUUUCAACAAUUACAAAGCAUGAGUAAAUUUUCCUAAGCAAAUGUUUAAGUUUUGUUUUUGUUUUAUCAUUAAUCAAAAGUGUAAUUUAACAAUGGCAUUGCAACUUGACUGAAGGUAGGAUUUAACAUAAAGGCUUAAGGUGUUGGCAGCAACUCAAUAGUUUUCAGUGAGUGUGGAAGGUGGCUACUGUGCACAAGAGAUGAAAUGGUGCAAGAUGCUACUGACUUUAAAUGUCCUGUAUACACAGAUGACUAUGUGUCCUUAGCAAGACUGGAGAAGCUCAAGUUAGGGGAUAUAUCCUUGGAUUGUGUCUGUUACUUGGAUGACAUGAUCAGUGCCAUUGGGGGUGCUGAAGCCAGCUCAGUUGCAGAUGGACCUUCUCUUCGAGGGAAAGGAGAUUAGUAUAAGUCAGUUUUCCUAUAAUGUGGUAGUUGUGUUCCUGAAAACACAACGUUAUAGAAAAAAUGCAUUGUAGUAACCAUUGAUUCAAUGGGAAUUAAUGGGUUAGAGGGCAGUAGGUACGAGUACAUCAACGUGACUGACUUGGGUCCCACUUCCACUUUCAUAGAAUUAUUGUUAAUUUUUGUGUUGUUUUAUAAUAACUGUGUUUUAGUUUAAUAAUAUUAAUUAUUAAUACCAUGAAAACAGGUAAAAAUGCUUGUUACAGUAUGUUGCUGUGCAAUAGAAAACAGCUGUGAAGGAGAGUGAAGAACAAACAUGGUGAAAUACAGUAAUACAUAGUGGGGUGUGACUUGGUUAGCAGCUUUCAAUGAUAAAACCCUAAAAAAAAUAUAUAUAAUAAUAAUAAUAAUAAUAAUAUCCAGAAGAAUUGUAAAUAAACUUAAAAGAAUGUUUUAAUACUCUACCACAAGAAGAAAAGAUGGUGUUUGAGACAAGUGGUGGAGGAGAUGAGGGUUCAUACCACUUGAUCACAUCUAAUUUUUUUUUCAAGAAUACAGCAUGCCUUUAAAAUUCUCGGAUCUCGAUUAUUUGCAGAUGACACCCUGGAUGUACCCAAGAAUGUCUAAGGGUAGUUUUAAAGUUGCUGGCAUUUUUGCGGCCGGGACAGGGCGCCAUUCGUUCUAGAGAUAGUAAUUUCUUUUACCAGUAUUGUAUAUGUGUGUGUGUGUGUGUGUGUGUAGACACACACACAAAAAACACAUACAAAUAAAUAAUAAUGGGAAAAUCCUCUCACAAAUAAUCAGAAACUCUGUGCUUUGUUAUCAAAGUUAUAACAAAGCACACACACACACACUACAGGUAAAAGAAAUAAUUGUCCUAAGGGCAAACACAUAAAGGGAAUGUACAUUUCUUUGUACACAAGUAAAAAUGUACCCCCCCCCCCUUCCUGGUCAGCAAAUGUUAUUCGCGGAUUUGGCGAUUUGCGGCCAUUUUGAGAACCUAACUCCUGCGAAUUUUUAGGGCCUGCUGUAAUAGUUUUCCUUCAUUUAACGUCACUUCGACUAGAAUGCCCUCACACCCUUGUCUUGUAUUGUAAUUAAAAGUAAUAAAUUUGAUACAGUACUUGUGUAGUACGUACUAAGAUAUAGCACAGACCGCGACAACAAGUUGUCUAAUGCGUAUGAAAGAUAAGCUUAGAAUAUAAUUUAAGUUUAUACUACUAUAUGUAUGGUUCUGGUGAUUGUUUGUGUUCAUUGUACGUACAAUAUAUAUAUUGUACAUGCAAA